AUGUCGACAUCUACGACACCAAUACCGGCGCCAUCGCCGUCCGUUCAGCGUUCAGUCUCAUCACACACAUCAGCACGUAAGAAGGAGAUACGUAAAACAUCACACACAGUUUCGGAUGGGACAAGCGUGAGUAUGAGUAAAAGAGCGGUAGAUGACGCUCUAGGUACCGCUGCAGGUCUCUCCAGUGGCGAUUUAUUCGCACGUAAUUUGUCCCUUAUGAGUGUAGCACAUAUUGCACGUGGUGUGGGUUUUGAAGCUGUGCAGAAAUCAGCGGCAGACGUAUUAGCAGAGAUAUUGCCGAAAUAUAUUCAACGGAUUGGUGGUGCAGCUAAAGAAAUUGCAGAGCUCGCAGGACGUACUCAACCUAAGGGUACGGAUGUGGUACAAGCAUUUCAGGAUUUAGACCCAGCACCAGUAGAGUUAAAGGAUCUUGUUAAGACCUUGGAGACUGCGAAGCGGCCAUUUCCCCGGGAUGUUCCAGCAUUUCCAGCUAAGAAGAGAGAUAUGUCAGGAAAUACAUUAGAACAGACCAAGAUUGGACGACGAGAAGGCCUUCCUCCACAUGUACCAAGCUUUUUACCUCCUUUACCCAAUCGUCAUACUUAUAGCUCGGAAAGGCGAGUAGUAGUUGAGAGAGAGCAAGAUAUUAAGCGUCAGAGACUUGAGCUACUUAGUGAGAAAGCUCAAGUGCGAAAUUCACUACAUGGACUGCAGACAGUGAUUGCAAAAAAACCGGCAAUUAUUGUGCGCCAGCCAACGUGGAAUGCUUUUCAAGGCUCAAUCGGUGAUACUGCUACCGAAAAUCCAUUUGUUCAGGCUCCGAUUGUGAGCCCAGUUGCAAAGACGUUAUUUGUCGGACCUGAUCGAGAGUUUGUUCCAAAUCUUGACAGAGUGAAAACUCAAUCAACGAAUUCACUGGAUACGAAUGUGACACUUCCAAAAUUAUCCAACCAAGAACAAGGAAAAGAAGAAAAGAUCUUGUCGGGUACCUUUCACGACGGUGAUUCAGAGUAA